GGUGAGACCAGCGGAGGGAAGUUGCCUGUGUCCGUUACCGCCGUCGAUUCAUCGGCUCAUCCCUUCUUCUCAUCGCGCGUAUCUCUCUGCCUCUCCAUCUGACUCCCGACCUCCUGCCUCUGCUUCCUUUUCUGCCUCUCUGUUGAUUGAUCUUUCACCAUGCACGGAACCAUGCGCAUGCUGCUCAUCGCCCUCGCGCUCAUCCUGAUUGGCAUCCUCUGCAGCGCUACAGGUGCGUGUGGCUGCGUGUGGGAUCCAUGGAUGGAGGGUGGGUGAUGGGGACAGAUCGUCCGAUGUAUGCCUGCGCGUGCGUCUGUCCUUCCUGUCGUUGACGAAUGCAGCUGAGCACCGGGAUGCCUUUACCAGCAGCAAGACAGGUACGCAUGUGUGCACGUGGUUCCACGUGGGCAUCGACUGUCUGCUGUGGGUGUGGCACGCUUCGCUCUUUGUGUGAUGCGCAGGUUCGUCCCUACGUCGUCGCCUCGCCAGGCCCGAGACCAGCGAGGACAGCACCGGUAAGGCACCACCGAGCACUGCGGGCGACGAGACCCUCAAACUGAUAUCUACACGCGUAUGUGAUGCCUGCCAUGCAGGUGCGGCUCGCCGCCUUGACGAGGGCGAUGACGAGGAUGAUGUAAGUACACACGCACGCAGCCAGCCACUUACACGCACUCCGCAUUCUGAUUGCGUGCGCUCCUGUGUCUGCAGGAUGACGACGAUGACCGCCGCGCCCUGAUGACUGCAGGCAAGGCUGCAGGUGCCGCUCGCCGCCUUGACGAGGGCGAUGACGAGGAUGAUGUAAGUACACACGCACGCAGCCAGCCACUUACACGCACUCCGCAUUCUGAUUGCGUGCGCUCCUGUGUCUGCAGGAUGACGACGAUGACCGCCGCGCCCUCAUGACUGCAGGCAAGGCUGCAGGUGCCGCUCGCCGCCUUGACGAGGGCGAUGACGAUGACGUAAGUACUUGCAGGCAUUCAGCCACUUACACGCCUCGACAUCCUCCCUGACUUCUACCUGCGUGAUUGCUUUCCGUUGUUAGGAGGAUAAUGGCGAAAAAGGUCGCGACGACGAUGUGAGCACAGGGGGGCGCACGCGCACACAGACACGCCUCAGGCCUCACACCCAUCCAUGCGUGUGUCGCCUCCUUUGUCUGCAGGACGAUGAUGACGACUAUGAUGACCGCCGCGCCCUCGGAAAGGCUGUGUAAAUGCUUUCAUGAUGGCAUGAAUGGUCGGUGCUUUUCUUAUUUACUGUACCAUGGAUGGCUAGGCCAGGGAUGUUCAUGUGAUGUCCCGCUCUCACCCCUUUUUUCCCUCCUUCCUCUGUAGCCAGGCCAGGCCACAGAGAUACGCACGAACAUGCUGUCUCCA